GUUUUUAAAACUAGCUAUAUCAUCCUAAAGUAUUGUAUGUAAUUCUGUUAUCCACUUGUCAUUCUCACUAAUAUUUUUAUUAAAUCAUUGUCUUUCUAUUAAUUUGAUAAUCAUUUUAUCAAAAGAUACUCCUUAACUUCUUAACAAAAUGAGUUUCAAUUUGCCACCCCUAAAAGCCAAAGCCUCAGUACCCGACACUUUUGAAAUAUCCUCUGGACACUAUGGCAUACCGAAUCCUUUGGUCGAUGGUUUGGCAACAAAUAAUAUAGGCUCUUCACAUCCUUUAGAAGCUGCAGAACGCAAUUUUCAUCAAAAUCAAUUGCAACGAGAAAUGACCAUUUUAAGGAAUGUUCAGGGUCUUCAUGCUCCUUUACGUUUAGCAAUGGAACUUAAAUCAACAGAAAAUAUUGGUCGACUUCCAUUCUUACCAUCAUCAUCAGUUAUGCGGGAUAUUUUAUUGGGACGUGAUGAAGAAAUUGGAUUUGAAGAUGUAUUAAAUACUCCAGAAUUCAGAGAACAGAUGUUACAGCCUCAUGCAACAGUAGAAAAAAAAUUAGGAUUCCUCUAAACAUUUGGUAAUCAUUAUUUUUAAUUUAUGAUUAUGUACGUUCUUCAUAUUAAAUACAUUACUGAAUCUGAAUAAAUGUUUUGCUAUAAAUAUAAA